GAUGGCGUUACGUUACAUCGCUGCUGCUGACCUUGUUUCAAAGUUUCAAACGGCCGAGAACGUCCUGUUCGCGCUAUAAUCGGUGCGCAAAAAAAGUACAGCUAUUAUUACAGCACUAAAAAAUUGGCAAUGAUCCGAGCUGUGUGUUCGCGAGCAAUCUUUGAGUUCGCUCCUGUGAGUACUUCUCUGACCUCUUCCCAGAGAGCAGCAUCUGCAUCCGGCUUUUCAUUGUUUCGACGUUUGCUUCAGCAGAGCAGUGUUUGCCUAGAGAAGAGCACCGGAACUUCAAAGAUGGAGGCAAAUCAAGUAGUUCCUGAUGUGAUCGACACGGUCCCACAAAACACCGUUGAGGUGACUUACAAUGGACAGAAGGUUAACAUGGGAAAUGUUUUGACGCCGACACAAGUCCAGUGUCCUCCGAAGGUCUCUUACCCAACGGAAAACGACGCUCUUUACACCCUCUGCAUGACUGACCCCGAUGCACCGAGUAGGCAAAGUCCAAAGUACCGAGAGUGGCAUCAUUGGCUCGUGGUGAACAUUCCUGGCUGCAAUGUCUCUGAGGGAGAGACACUGUCGGAGUAUGUUGGUUCUGGCCCACCAAAGGGAACAGGUCUGCACCGGUAUGUGUUCCUGGUUUACAAGCAGCCUGGAAAGCUCAGCUGUGAUGAAAAGCGCCUCACAAACCGCUCUGGUGAUCACCGAGGUUGCUUCAAGGUUCGCGAAUUUGCCAAGAAGUAUCAGCUGGGGGAGCCGGUUGCUGCCAACUUCUACCAGGCAGAAUGGGAUGACUAUGUGCCUAAGCUGUAUGAGCAGCUCAGUGGCAACUGAGUUCAGAGCACUGUUUGUUUUUCUUUACUUUUCCCUUUCUGUUGCUGAGCCUUUACUUUCAGCCCAAACAUGCCACUGGUCUUCAGCAUGUUCUCAAUAAAACAACUUUGCUGGUCUGUAACUUCUUUUUUCCUUGAUUACUUGCAUGUCUGUACUCCCCCUUUUCCCUCACAGUGCUGCCCUCAUUAGUACCAAUGAUACGUUGUGUGUGUUGUUUGUGAACUACUUCAUAUGCAGUAUUCACAAGUACACUGUGUUGUGUUACCUAGUGAUAGAAUACAAGGCAUGCUGAAACUGUCGCACAUUAUACUGCUGGGAUGCUACUAAGAUCUACUGUGAGGGUUCAUCUGAUGCUGUUGCAUUCAUUGUCCUCCUACCAUGGGUAAUGAAUGGGCUAAAGAUUGAGCAAAUGUAUUGCAUUUUCUCGUGGGUACUAGUGAGGACAGUACAAAUGUACAAGCAGUGUUGGCUCACUGGUAAGGCAAAUGCAGGCUAUAAUUCUUCACAUACAUGCAGCUAUUGUCAACCAUGUGCAUGUUAUGCAAAGUUAGCUUUGUUAUUAAAAAAAAGUUGGUGCAUGUUAGUUUCACUGCAGACCAGCAUUCCAGCUGGAUGGCAGCUUGCGUUUAUGCUUGGUGAUGUGUCGUUUUGCUUGUGGCUUCAGGCUGACAAAUACUGUUUUCUGCCAUUAGCUAAUAAAACUUUCUUGCGCUGGA